AUGGGGGAUAGUUUACCUAUAAAGGAAGAGAAGACGCCGGCGGCCACAGCUGUUCCUCCUCCGCCGAUUUCAGCUCUGCCCGGUGGUUUCCUCAGGCAGCUGGUCAGAGAUUCAGAGAAGGAGACCAAGCUCAAAGAACCAGAGGUCAAAGAGGACAAGGCAGCGCCCAGCAAACUGAGUGACAACCUGGUGCAGCAGUUCCUAAACCCAGAUCAGACCAAUCCGAUUCUAGAGGCCGAGAUGUCUCUCCGGGCUGAGCAACAGGUCAGCAGCGGCGAGCAAGGCCUCAAUUCCUUGCAGCCGGACAGCAAGGCCUCGUCCCAGAGGCACAUAGUCACACCUGACCUCAGUAAUAAACAGGAAACCAAACAGGAUGUGACACCAGAGCCGCCAAAGCUGAAACAGGAUACGAGGUCAGAAAAAAAGAAAGAGUCAGAGAGCAAGAAAACGGCACUGGUGGAGCAAAAGAAAGACAAGGUGGAGGUGAGGAAGGUGGAGAAGAAAGAGGAAGCAAUAGAGGAGAGACAGGAGCCAGAGGGAAGGCAAGCAGAUGCCACCAUAACAGAAAAUGAGAGGAGAGAGGUGCGGGAUGUGUGGUAUGAAGCUGGGACCGUGUGGUAUGUCCACAAGGAUGGUUUUACCCUCGCCACUCAGCUGAAGCCAGAUGAAGGCACGCCUGAGCUCCCAAAUGGUCGAGUGAGGGUCCGACUGGCCACAGACGGGUCACUGCAUGAUGUUACUGAGUAUGACAUUGAAAAGUGUAAUCCCUCAGAGCUGGAUCUGUGUGAGGAUCUGAGCGACCUGCAGAGUGUGAAUGAAUGUGGCGUACUCCACACUUUAACCAGCCGAGCCAAAGCCAGCCUGCCUCUUACACACUCAGGACCCAACCUGGUCAACUUCUGGCCUCCAUCACACCCCCACAGCAAGACCCCAAAGUCCAGGCGAGGGGAGUCUGUGUGGGAUGCGCCUCCUGCUCUGGCUGCCCUGGUUAAACGGGUGCACGUGUCCAUGGUUGGCACCCGGAGAGACCACAGUGUGUGUGCAGUGGGACGCAGCGGGACAGGCAAAACCACGGCAUGUCAAGCCUUUGUACACACACUCCUUAAACAGGCUGGUACAGCCGGUGGGAGCAUCAGUGUGGAGCGGGUGCAGGCUGUGUUCACUAUCCUGAGGUCUUUCGGCUGUGUGAGCUCUCAGCACAGUGACGCUUCAACUCGAUUUGCCAUGGUGUUAUCACUGGACUUCAACCACGCUGGCCUGGCUGCUGCUGGACACCUGCAGACCAUGAUGCUGGACAAAUGGAAAGUGUGUCAGAAAACUGAGGGAGAGAGCAACUUCCUGGUCUUCUCUCAGAUGUUGGCAGGACUCAGCACAGAGAUGAGGACAGAACUGCAGCUGCACCAGUUCCCUGAAGCCAACUCCUUUGGUAUUGUUCCUCCCACCAAGGUUGAAGAAAAACAGCGAGCAUCCGUCGCCUUCACCAAGCUGCUAGCUGCCAUGGAAACACUGGGCUUCUCAGCCUGUGAGCAGAAGGCGAUAUGGCAUGUUCUGGCUGGUAUUUACCAUUUGGGCGCUGCUGGUGCCUGUAAAGUGGGUAGGAGGCAGUUUGUGAAUUUCGACAGCGCUCAGGUGGCCAGCAGCGUGCUGGGCUGUGAGGGAGAGGAGCUGCACACUGCCGUCUUCAAGCAUCACCUCAGACAGCUGCUGCAGAGAGCCACUGGAGGCAGCAGAGAGAGAUUCACAGAGUCAGAGGAGGGUCCAAGGUUGACUUCAGCUCAGUGUGUUGAUGGAAUGGCAGCUGGACUGUAUGAGGAGCUAUUCACUGUCAUAGUCUCACUCAUCAACAGGGCUCUGAGCUCUCAGCAGCUGACUUUGGCCUCUGUGAUGGUCGUGGACACGCCGGGCCUCAGGAACCCCAGACACGCCGGAGAAGAGCGAGCUGCCAGCUGGUCAGAGCUCUGCCACAACUACCUGCAAGAGAGGCUGCUGGAGCACUACCACACACACACCUUCACACACACCCAGGAGAGAUAUGCUCAGGAGAAGAUUCCCGUACAGUUUGAGUGUCCAGAGAGCAGCCCAACUGAGGUGGUGUCUGCUAUCGACCAGCCGGCCCUACAGGUGCGGGCCGCAGAUGGAGACCCCAGAGGCCUAUUAUGGGUGCUGGAUGAGGAAAUGGUGACUCCAUCCCCCAGUGAGAACAACGCCCUGGAGCGAGUCUGCCAGUAUUACAGCAACACUGUCCGUCAGUGUGAGCAGCCGCUGCAGUGUGAGGUGAACCAUCUGAUGGGUUGCGACCCAGUCCGCUAUGACCUGACUGGCUGGUUUAGUCUAAUUCAGAACAACCCUUCUGCUCUCAACGCCAUCUGUCUGCUUCAAAACUCCACCAUUGGAGCGGUGAAGACCUUGUUCACCCCCAGGAUGUCUGUGCCUCCUUUAUGUCGAGGUCUGGGCGGGUUGGAGGGGGGUAGCCAGCGCUCUCUGCAGAGGAACGGCACGAUCCGAAAGACCUUCAGCGGUGGGAUGGCUGCCAUACGCAGACACUCCCAGUGCAUAUCAGUCAAACUACAGGCAGAUGCUCUGGUGAACCUGAUACGUCGAGCCAGGCCCGUGUUCCUGCAGUGUGUGAACGCUAAGACAGACAGCGGAGGGUUUGACAUUCCUGCUCUCAGGGUCCAGCUACACUCCACACAGAUCCUGCCUGCCCUGCAGCUCUACCGCACAGGUUACCCAGAGCACAUGACCCUGAGUGACUUCAGGUGUCGUUUCCAGGCGUUGUCUCCUCUAAUAAUGAAACGCUACAGCUCAGUGUUUGUCACCUAUGAUGAGAGGAAGGCAGUGGAGGAGUUGCUGGCUGAGUUGGACCUGGAUAAAAAGAGCAUAGUUCUGGGUGCCAGCCGAGUGUUUAUGAAGCGAGGUGUGUUGUGUUACCUGGAGCAGCGGAGGGACCAGCUGGUCAGCGGCUGGCUGCUGCAGCUACAGGCUGCCUGUCUGGGACAUCUGGCCCGUCAGAAGUACCGCAAACUGAAGGUUCAGCAGAUGGCAGUGAGCUGUCUGCAGAGGAACCUGCGAGCUCUGAAGGCCGUGGCCAAGUGGAGCUGGUGGAAACUUUUCUGCAGAGUGCGUCCUCUUCUAGACGUCAACAUGGACAACCAGAGGCUCAGAGCAAAGGAGGAUGAGAUCUCAGCUUUGAGACGACGGCUGGAAAAGUCAGAGAAGGAGAGGAAUGAGCUGAGGCAGACUGCGGACAGCCUGGAGACCAAGGUGACGGCAGUGAUGUCUGAGCUGAGUGAUGAGCGUUUCCGUGGCGAUGCGGUGGGUCAGGCUCUAGACGUGGAGAGGGCUGAGAGACUCCGCCUCAGCAAGGAGAACAAAGAGCUGCAGGCUCGUCUAGACCAAUGUAAGGUCACCAUGGAAACGCUGGAGAAGCAGCUGGAGGAGGAAAAACAGAAAGUCCAGAUUAAGGAGAGUCAGAAAGGACUAGGAACAGAGAGUGAGCUGACCCUGCAGCUGGAGUGCUGCCAGACAGAGGUUGAAUUUGUUCGCAGACGACUCAAGCAGACUGAGGAAAAACUAGAGACGGAGCGGCAGACACGACAACAGCUCGAUAGCAAGGUGGCUACUUUGCAGGCCCAGCUGGAGCAAUCGAGGAGGAGUGUGACAGAGCUGAAACGUCAAUGCCGCCGUGUGACCUCUGACCUUCAGGAUGCACGGGUGCUCACUGACAGCCUGCAGAGCCGCAUGCACGAGCUUGACCGGAAACAGAGACGCUUUGACAGUGAGUUGACUCAGGCCCUGGAGGAAGCUGACAAUGAGAGAGAGCAAAAGGACAAAGCCAUUCAGGAAAACGCUGCUCUGGGGGCUGAAAUAUACACCCUGCGCCGCAAUCUACAGGAGAGCCAGUCAGAGGUGGGCCGUCUGCAGCAGCAGAAGGAGGAGUUGUGCGCUCAGAUCCGUGACCUCAGCCUGCCUGUUGACCUCGCCUCUGAUUCACUACCAGACCUCAAAAAACAGCUUCGCCUCUCGGAGAGCCAGGCCGGCGAGAGAGCGGAGGAAAUCACCAAGUUGACUGCCAAAAUACAACAGCAACAACAGGUCCAUAUGCGUUUUGAGAUGGAGAUGGAGAGGAUGAAGCAGAUCCAUCAGAAAGAGCUGGAAGACAAAGAGGAGGAGCUGGAGGAUGUGCACAAGUCCUCUCAGAGACGACUGAGACAGCUGGAGAUGCAGUUGGAACAGGAGUAUGAGGAGAAACAGAUGGUGGUUCAUGAGAAGCACGACCUGGAGGGACUCAUCGCAACACUGUGUGACCAGGUGGGCCACAGAGACUUCGACGUGGAGAAGAAGCUGAGGAGAGAUCUGAAGAGAACUCAUGCCCUGCUGGUUGAUGCCCAGCUGCUGCUCUCCACCAUCGACAGCUCGGGACAGAACCAACCCAACGGCAGCAAAGACCAGAUAGAGCGCCUGCACUUCCAGCUUGAGGAGAGUGAAGCCAAGCGACUUGAGGCUGAGAGCAUUCAGAAAACCCUUUCUCAGGAGCUGGAUAACGCCCAGAUUGAACUCGAAAAUGUUUGCAAACACAAGAGUAUGGUGGAUGAGCAGCUAGCCUUGCUCCAGCAUGAGAAGGUGGACCUGUUGAAGAGACUUGAGGAGGACCAAGAAGACCUGAACGAACUCAUGAAGAAGCACAAAGCCCUCAUUGCGCAGUCCUCCAGUGAUAUUUCUCAGAUCAGGGAGCUACAAGCUGAGCUCGAGGAGGUGAAGAAACAGAGACAAACUCUCCAGGAAGAGCUCCAGCAGAGUGCAUCAAGAGUGCAGUUCUUGGAGUCAUCCACCGUGGGGCGUAGCAUCGUCAGUAAACAGGAGGCACGUGUGUGUGACCUGGAGAAUAAACUGGAGUUUCAGAGGGGCCAAGUCAAGAGGUUUGAGGUGCUGGUGCUGCGUCUGAGGGACAGCGUGGUUCGUCUGGGCGAGGAGCUGGAGCAGAGCGCCCAGGCUGAGGCCCGGGAGAGAGAGAGCGCCCAGUAUUACCAGCAGCGCCUGCAGGACAUGAGGCUGGAGAUGGAGGACCUGACUCUGAGAGAGCAGGACAGCAGCCGCAGACGCAUGGAGCUGGAAAUGCAGGUAGAGGAGCUCACCGCUGUCAGGCAGACGUUACAAGCCGAUCUGGAGACAUCUAUCCGCCGCAUCGUCGAUCUGCAGGCCGCCCUGGAGGAAGUGGAAUCAAGUGAUGAGAGCGACACUGAGAGCGUUCAAACUGCUGUGGAGUCCUUGACUCAAAAGAAAGACCUUGACUCUGUGUCCAGUGUGGGCUCUCUUGGGACAGAGGAUGUUGGAGAGGGGAUUCGUAAUUGGCGGGGAGCUCCUAGAGGAGGUUCCCGUGGCGGCUCUCCUUAUGGCAGCAGCGCGAGUGGCCGUCAGUCUGUCGCGGACACCAUGAGCACCUACAGCUUCCGGUCAUGCGUGGAUCCUGAUGAUGAAGGCUCCGAGGCUGGAGGUCUUGGACGAGCAUCCUCUUCAUCAGCCCUAUCUGAGCUGCUGGAUGGGCUUCGCAAACGCAGAGCCGGUGGCAAUACAGGAGAUGGAGCUGGUAGUGCUGUCUCCCUGCCUAUUUAUCAAACGACUGGAGCCUCUACUCUCAGACGAAGAGCUUCAGCCCUCUCUCUGGGUCCGGCAAACCUCCAAGAGCCCCGGCCUGGCCCCAGCAUCCUCAAGCCUCCGUCUCCACUCCUGCCCCGGGCUGCUAGUAUGCGGUCCAUAGGUGACUCCCAGGCAACUGCUGCGACCUCUACUGCUGGAGCCAAACUGGCACGCUUCAACUCCACAGAUUCCCUCUCUUCCCUUCCCUCACUGCCCCGUCUCUCCUCCCUGAUGUCCCCCACCACUGCGCGCCAUCACCCUCCCACCCUGUCCAUCCCAGAGGAGGACUUGGAAGACCCUGUGCGAUCCCCCAUCCAGCGCUCACCCCAGCCAAUAAGGCGCCGAAUGCUAGAGAGUGUUGUUACGGAGGGCGGUGAGGCCUCUCUGGGUUCAGAGCCAAUGGUUUUCCAAAACCGCCGCCUGGCUGGAGAUAGCAGCCGUGACGAUGCAAGUUCUGACAUCCUGCCGGCCAUCCGAAGAGCUCAGUCCACCAGCAGCUUGGCCAGCUCGAUCAGGGGAGGCAGGAGGGCACUGAGCGUCCAUUUCGGAGAGUUACCUCCCUCCACCCGCAGCAGGAAAAGCUCAGAAACGGAGUCGUCCAGCUCAGGAGGUUCAGAAGGAAGUUCCCAGGGCGGCGGGCCAAGACGCAGGGCUGGAGGGCCACACGGAGAAAGACUAGAGGCAGAGGGCAGUGAGGGAGACGUGGCUUCGGUCAUGAAGAAAUACCUGAAGAAGGAGAUUGAUUGAUGAAGAUGACACCCUUUAGCGAGCCAAGGUCCUGCUGAGAGCUAAAGUGAAGUUCGCAGAAAGAGCUGAGAGUCCAGGAGCAGCAGUCAAGGCUGAGUGAAAUAUUGUGAAAGUCAAUAUGAAUGCAUUUUUUGAGCAUACACAUUGAUAUUAAGCCACUGAAAAUAAAUUUGUGAAAC